AUGACUUCCCCCCAGCCCUCCCCAAGCUCAACCGCCCACUCCGUCAACCAGCAGGCCGCCCAGCAGACCCUCACCCUCAGCCUCGCCGGCCCAAAAUCAGCCGAUCGGAAACUGCAGCUGUCCCUGGCCGAGCACUCGCUCAGCCUGCUCUUCACCGGCUCAACCGGGGGCGGGUGCCGCCUGCCAUUCAGACCAUUCCAGAGGAACACUGGCAGCAAAAUCCAAAUCGACUACCAAAACAUCCUCAACUGUCACCUCGACCAUCAGGACCAGGAGAACUACCAGCUCACAUUAUCGUACUUGAAAAACACCCGGGACCAGGAUCUGAAGCUCAAAACCAUCUCCCUGAGGGGAACGAUCGAUCAUGAUACCCCCGAGACUCAAAAAAUGCCCCAGAAUUGGGUCGAAAACUUGCUGCUGAGAUCCUACGAGCUCAAAGGGGUUCCUAGAUCUCGGAGAGUCCUCAUCGUCAUCAACCCUACCAGCGGCUCCCAAAAGAGCGUCAAGAUUUGGAAAUCUAUCGUCGAACCGAUCCUCAAAGCAUCAACAGCAAACUACCAAGUGAUAUUUACCACCCACGCAGGUCAUGCAGGCGAAGUCGCAGAAAACUUGGACAUCGACUCAGUGGAUGUCGUCAGUUGCGUAUCGGGCGAUGGAUUGGUCCAUGAAGUCUUGAACGGGCUUGGUCGUCGGAAAUCAGAUUUCGGAGCGGCCAUCAACAAACUAGCUUUGACCUCUAUUCCUUGUGGCUCCGGGAAUGCCCUGUCGACCAACCAUCUCGGGCCCAAACAUGCCACAAACGUUCAGCUGGCAACCUUAAACGUACUCAAGGGAACACCAGUCCGACUGGACCUAUGCAGCUCUACACAACUGUCUGACGAGCCGCAGGAAUCCCAAAAAGAUCCACAAGCGGUCCGGAAACUAUCCCUGCUCAGUACCUCCUUCGGAAUCAUGGCCGAACUUGACGUGGGCACAGAGCAUCUCAGACGCUUAGGAUCCAUCCGAUUCGUCCUAGGAUACCUAUGGGGCUCGAUCCGCAAUCGGCAACGAAAGAUCAGAUUGGAUGUCCAAUUAGUCGAGAAGGAUAAGACUGAAAUCGAGCGAAACUUCCGAGCUCUGCGAGAGACCAUCAGGCAAGAGUCCAGCGACCCCAACCAUACACCAACUCGUAUUGAAGACCUGCCAAUCGAGACAGACUCGGACGGCCUACCGCGGCUGAAGUACGGCGAUAUCCGGACGAAGAUCGACUCGUCUUCUGAACAACAGAGUGAGGUGGCCUGUCCAUGGACGACGAUCGAGCUCGACAUCGUCUCCUUUUAUGCCGGCAUCCUGCCCUUCAUGGCCCGCGAACUCCUGCUCUUUCCUGCCAAAAUUCCCGGCCGGGACGGGACGAUCGACAUCGUCCUGCAGCACUCCAAAAGCGUCUGGGACUCCUUGGUCUGCAUCGUUGGAGCCGAGACGGGAGGCCUGUUCAAGAACCCAAACUGCGAGUUCAUGAAAGUAAAAGCAUUCAGAUUGUCGCUGGGCACGGAAGAUAAGGACCGGUCGUACGUGGUCGUGGAUGGCGAAAACAUGCCCUACCGCUCGAUUCAGGUCGAGAUACACGAGCGGGCCUUGCAGAGCUUGACCCUGAACGCCCAUUGUCCCUACUUCGGCUCGACCGGUGUCGCGGAGCAGAUCUUGUAG